AUGAACUCCCCAUUCGCCUGCAAGCUCGAAACCAACUAUUGCCCCACGGACGACGAGGUUCAGGAAAUUCAAGAGCUCCUUAUCAUACCGUGUCAGCAGUUAGACGCUUUGGAUGCACGGGUCCAGGAAAUGCGACGGGCGAUUGACAAAGUCAUAGAGCGACGGAAUGAGAUUUUAACAUAUGUGGCCGCUCACAAAGCGCUUCUCUCUCCCAUCCGCCGUCUCCCGCUCGACAUCCUCCAAGAAAUCUUCAUUUCUUGUUUGCCCGGGGACCGAAACUGCGCUCUGAAUGCCAGCGAAGCGCCACUGGUUCUCGGACGUGUCUGCAGUUACUGGAGAGAAAUCACACAUUCCACGCCAUUUCUUUGGUCAAAACUACAUUUCGUGGACCCUUCUUCCACAUCUGGCGCUUCCCCAAGCAGCUCAUGUACCCGGUACAAGGCCCAGCAAUGGCUGGAUGCUGCUAGCGUUUGGCUGACUCGAUCUGGAUGUUGCCCACUUUCGAUCUCCUUAUACGGCCCAGGAAACCCCAGUGCGGAAGCUUUGCCGCAUGAACUCGAACAGGGCACCGUCUUCCGAUUCCUCAAGGCCUUGUUGCCCUUCUCGUCGCGCUGGUCUGACUUGAAAUUUAUCAUGCCUAAAGCCAACCUAACUGCCCUGAAACAAGUCUCGCCAUCAGAUGUUCCGCUGCUCAAGACACUAUGUUUGGUGGAUGAAGGCAUGGGGUACCACCAAUUCGGCGACAAUUGGGAUCGACUUUGCUGUCUGAACCUUCUCGGUGGGCCUCAGCUAUCGAGGUUUGACAUCUCAGCGUUAGGCAUCUUGCUGGGACGUCUCCCGCUGAUUUGGGAAAAUCUCACUGAAAUAGACGUCGAUGGCACUCACACCGAUGCAGGCGAAGUGCUCGUGGCUCUAUCCAAAUGUUCACGGCUUGUGUCUUGUGCUUUUGCAAUCGGAAUGGGCGUCACACAUUCCGCAGACAUAGUUGAGCUCGCGUCUCUGAAGAAUUUGACCUUGCGAAUUGCGUAUUCCACGUCCUCUCUCGCUUUUCUACACAACCUAUGGGCCCCUUCACUCCGCAGUUUUGCCUUGGUCGCCAGCUCGGUCAAUCCAGAGCUCACAGUUGACAUCGGGACUUUAUCGGGCUUCUUUCGUGGCACGAAUGAACUCGAAACAUUUAUCCUCUCUCCAGACCCGUUCCCCGGCGCGUUUGUCAUCGACGUGUUGCAAGCUCUGCCCCCAACGAUCAAACAUCUUCAGCUCACCCCCUUCGUUGACCAACCUCUUUCAAACUCGAGCACUUUGUGGUCUGCGGCCUGGGCCCCAUCUUCAGUCAGAACUGCCUCGAGUUUGGACCAUGUUAUCGAAAUCCUAACCCAACCUCAUAUCUGCCCCAACCUGAAUACCUUCAAACUCAACUCGGCCCAUACAUCGGAGAAAGCGGUGAUAGCAUUUGUAGAAGCUCGCAGGUUGAAGAAUAUCAACAUUACUUUCCACCGGCCACCAGAAAUCGGCAUCAAGGCGUCGUUUGUUGGGUCGCAGGUUGUUGUAAAUUACCCCAACCAUAUAUCAUUUUCCUCUCGUGCAGGAUUACCGACCCUAUUGUAG